UCCCGUCUCUAUGGGCGGGGCAGCGGCGGGAGGAGUCAUGGCGGCCCUCGGCUCCUGAGGGAGCGUCGCUCGCUGUUUCUGCCGCCAUGUACUCGGCUUCGCCGCCGCCCCGCCGGGAUUUCAUUUCGGUGACCCUCGGAGGGGUCGAGGGGGGAGGCUACAACAACAGCAAGGCCUGGCGGAGGCGCUCCUGCCUGCGGAAAUGGAAGCAGCUGUCCCGUCUCCAGCGGAGCGUGAUCCUCUUCCUGUUUGCCUUUCUGGCGGUCUGCGGUGUCAUCACAUACGCAAACAUGGCUGAACCCUGGAAGAGCCUAACCAGCAGAGCCUCGGAGGAGCAGAAGGCCGACCAGGAGGUCCCUGGCUUGAAACCAGCCAACCAGGCUGUUCUGCCGAUACCCAAGAAAGCGGACGCCAACCUUGGGGAUUACCCAGAUUUUUCACUUCAAAAACCCCCCAAGCAGCUUCCUGGCCGGCGGGGACCCCCCCAUCUGCAGAUCCGACCACCUCAGAAAGACACGACGAAGACCCAAGAGGAAGCAGCCAAAGUGGAGCAGGAACCUGCCCAGGUGGAGAGAGAGCACAAAACGGAGAAGUCCGUCAUCAGGUGGCGAGGAGCCGUGAUUGAUACGGAGCAGAGCCCGGAACCCCCUUCCCGCAAAGUCAAGGAGCCGGACAAACCUUCGCCGGCCGUGUCCGAAGAGCCCAAAGAGCCAGUGCCCCUCAACGAGCGCCAGCUGGCCGUGAUCGAAGCCUUCCGCCAUGCCUGGAAGGCCUACAGAGAGUUCUCCUGGGGCCACGACGAGCUCAAGCCCGUCUCCAAGUCGUACGGCGAGUGGUUCGGCCUGGGCCUGACGCUCAUCGACGCCCUGGACACCAUGUGGAUCCUGGGCCUGAAGGCAGAGUUCCAGGAAGCCCGGGCCUGGGUCGCCACCCACCUCAACUUCGACAAGAACGUGGACGUCAACCUUUUUGAGAGCGCCAUCCGCAUCCUGGGCGGCCUGCUGAGCACCUACCACCUCUCCGGGGACAGCCUCUUCCUCGAAAAAGCCAAAGACAUAGGGAGCAGGCUCAUGCCGGCCUUCAACACCCCGUCCAAGAUCCCCUUUUCAGACGUCAACAUCGGCCGGGGCACGGCCCACCCUCCUCGCUGGACGUCUGACAGCACCGUGGCCGAAGUCACCAGCAUCCAGCUGGAGUUCCGGGAGCUCUCCCGCCUCACCGGUGAAGAGAAGUUCCAGAACGCCGUGGACGGAGUGAUGAAGCACGUCCACACCCUCCCCGGCAAGAACGACGGCCUGGUGCCCAUGUUCAUCAACACCAACAGCGGGCAGUUCACCCACCUGGGGGUCUACACCCUGGGGGCCCGAGCAGACAGCUACUACGAGUACCUGCUCAAGCAGUGGAUCCAGGGGGGCAAGAAAGAAAACGAGCUCCUGGAAGACUACGUGAAAGGCAUCGAGGGGGUGAAGAUGCAUCUUCUCCGGAAGUCCCAGCCGAAAAGGCUGACCUUCGUCGGCGAGCUCGCUCACGGCCGCUUCAGCGCUAAAAUGGACCACCUGGUCUGCUUCCUGCCGGGGGCCCUGGCUCUCGGGGCUCACAACGGACUCCCCGCCGAUCACAUGGACCUGGCCCUGGAGCUGGCGGAAACCUGCUACCAGAUGUACGCCCAGGUCGAGACGGGCCUGAGCCCCGAGAUCGUCCACUUCAACAUGCACGCCCAGAAGGACCAGAAGGACGUGGAGAUCAAGACUGCCGACAGACACAACCUCCUGCGCCCAGAGACGGUGGAGAGCCUUUUCUACCUCUAUCGCUUCACUGGCGACAAGAAGUACCAGGACUGGGGCUGGGAAAUCUUGGAGAGCUUCAAUAAGUACACCCGGGUCGCUACAGGCGGCUACACGUCCAUCAACAACGUCCAGAGCCCCAGCAACCCGGAGCCGAGAGACAAGAUGGAGAGCUUCUUCCUGAGCGAAACCCUCAAGUACCUUUUCCUGCUCUUCUCGGACGACGUCGACCUGAUCAACCUGGACAAGUACGUCUUCAACACGGAGGCUCACCCGCUUCCUAUCUGGCCGUCGGCAUAAAGGGGACGGGGGCACACGCCAUCUCCCCCGGCCUUGACCGCGCCCCGACCCGUUGGGGUCCGGAGAGAGAAAGGCGCAGGAUGUUGUGGGUGCGUUUCCCGCCAGGCGGCGCCUCGGAAAGGAGGCUUGGGUGGCCCAGGGGAAGCGUCCAGCCCAGCCGCCGCCGUCUGCCCUUGUGUCGUCUCUCCCCUUCGCCACCAAGACUUGGGCACGGAAGCCAGGGAUGGCCAGUGGCUUUCUUGCAGUGAGGGGGAGGAGCCCCGCCUACGCCAGGGCUGGUGGGCGAGGCAGGGCUGGUGUCGGCCCUGCCGAGAUCCACCGCCUUGUAGAUUGCUUUGGGUCUGAGGAGGCUCCUUCAGGUAUGCCAAGAACCCCCCCGGCCGUCUAACAUCAUUCCAUUUGUAUGCGCCUUUCCGAUGUCCGCAGGGUAGAGGCAAUAAACCGGAGAAAUUGAUACUUUCAUUCCAGAUCAAACAUGCAGCUUGUCGGUGGUUCGCCAGUCUCAUUCCAAGCCCCGGGGUGUGUGUGUGUGUUUCCUGCCAUGUCGCCCCCCCCCCCACACCCCUGGCAAAACGACAGACUUAACGUUUCAGAAGCGUUGCCCAGGGCGGCGUCUUAAUUUUUGCAGAGCACUUUGAAUAAUCUGGGGGCGCCUGUUCCCGUCGGUGAAUUGUGGAGAAGCCCAGUGCAGAGGUGGCUGGUUUGGGUGGAAAGUAGCAUCUGUCGUGAGAUAAAUAUAUAUAUAUAUAUUUUCUUAACUUAUCUGCAGAGAUGCAGGGAGAGAAUGUGAAAAGAAACAAAAACGCAGGUUCUUUAAAAAAAAAAAGUUUAUGUAUAUUGCUAUAUCAGUGAUGUUUUUGGCUCAGGUAUUCCGACUGGAAGCUGCUUCCGGAAGCUAAUCUGCAGGAAACCUUAAUAAUGUGAGGGGAUAACGGUUUCCUCCCCUGGCUUGGAACCCACCCCUGAAAUAAGCGGAGGACUUUCCAGUGUGGAGGCCUUAUUUUGUCUCGUGUUGGGGGCGUGGAAAGCGGCAUCCAGGCUUGGUUCCUCUUUCUGCAGAGGGUAGCUGAAUUCAACAGGGACGUUUCCUGCAGAGCAGGCUGGACAGCAAGUCUCCCGUCUGGUAGGCAAUGGACAGAGAGAGCAGCUUGGUUCCUGGGCACGUCUUGGAGGCAGUAUAAACCCAGAAGGGCAGGUGGAGAGAUCACCCGGGGGCCUCUUCAGAGAGCGACCCAGGAGGCACCAACCCCGUAAAAGUGCAGACACCAAAGUUUUAAAUCACCCAGACGAGUUUCGAGGCCCCGGCAGCUUUUCUUAGGGGGAAAGGUGAGGCUGUUGGGAAUCUCUGGCGUGCUUGCAGUUCUGAUGCCGCUCUUCCUUGGGGUUUUCUGGGCCGCUGCUGCCCGGCUCCGGGGUUGGAGCCAGUUAGGGGUCUCGUGCAUCAGUGUGACUGCAAGCAGAGAAGAUCCCCUCCACCAGUGUUCCCUCUAACAGGGGUUCCCCGAUGUUGCCGAGUACAACUCCCCUAAUUCCCAGCCAAAGGCCACUGCAGCUGGGAAUGCUGGGAGUUGUAGUCAACAACAUCUGGGAACUCCUGUUAGAGGGGACAAUGCUCUCCGCCCCCAAACCCUGCUUGGCCUGGCUCUGCCGGGGCUGCUCCCCUCUUGUGCUAAUGCUUUUCAGCAGGCGAUGUAAAAAAUUCAGAACGUGCAUGGUGUGGCGGUGCCUGUCUCUGUGCUUGUGGUUGCACCGUUGGUGGUGUUCCAGUUGCCUCGCACCUCCCCUCCCCUCCUGCAGAUGGGUUGUUUUUCAGGUCUCUGCCGCCCUCCCUACCUCCGGAGGACACGGACUUGAGGGCGGACUCUCAGCCCUCGUCCCUCUUCAGGCCGGACUGAGCCACACCCUCUCUUGAGUUUCCCGUGCCAACGUGGCUGCUUCGGGUUGCACUGAGCCACUCAGUGGUCUUUCAGCACUAGGGGCAUGAUCCCCCGGGAAGUUCUCCUGCACCCACACCCUUGAACCAAACAAGAGCACAGUUGGGGCUGGUGCAGGAGACCUUCCCUUCGGAUCGUGCCUCCUCCUCCUCCUCCUCAUUUCAAGACGAUAACAGUAGCUUGCCGAGAGUAUUCCGUGAUUCCUGUUGGGAACGGUGCCUCCCUCGGCAGAGAUGCCUGUAUCCUGGGCACAAGGGAAACGGCAGCCCUGAAGCUUCGGCAGGCCAUAGAGCAAGAGCAGUGUCGCUGCCAAGGGUGCAGCUUCGGAGGCCCCCAGUUCCAAUCCCACCCCUGCCCCCAACUUCUUAGGGGGCUGCUUUUCUGCCCCCUUAGCCUCCACCACAGCAGCCUCGCCUUGCAGGGGUGCCAUAAGAACUGCUGAGAGAAAAGAGGAAACAGGAAGUGCUUUGAGAGCCCUCCAAAAUGAAAUCAAGCAAUAUCGGGGCUGGAGGUUGUCACCGUCUGUUUCCUGCCCUGGCCACGGGCUUUGCGAGGCGUGCACCGUAGAGCAGCACAUCCUGUUCCCAGCAGCCUCCCCCCCCGCCACGGGCUUGCUGGCUCGGCCGCGGCCACAAAGCGCCAACCGAACCGGCGUCUCGGAUUCGGGACGCUGCGUCCCUCUUCCCCGCCCCCUCCGUGGAAGUGCACCCUGGAAUUGAAAAGCCAUAUCCUGAAGCCGGGCCAUCGCCCCCCUUGCUGGGCGGCUGCCCUGGUGCCUUCUGCAGACGAUGGGAACGAGAGGGGGUAGUCAGGAAACGGCCCCCGAGGCUUCCAAGCCAGAGGGUGGCUGAGCCAGCCUAGCCGGAGUGAGAUUUCUGGGCCACACCAGCGGCUAAGUGCAAAACAAGGGGCCCACAUUUGCAUAAUCUCGGCAGGUUGCGGAUUGUGGCUUUGGGUAGUGCAGAAUCCGGGCCUCCCCGCCCCCCCCCCCAGCUCCUGGUGCAGAGUCUUCCCAGCCGGGCUUUAAGGGGCAACUUUGUGCCAAGCCUUUCCCCGCCCUGUCCUGUGUGCCUGCCUCUUCCUUGUCUCGAUUUCAAGCCCGAGCAGCCCAGCCCUUCAGGAGAACCAGGCUUUGUUGACACCGGUCUGUGUGCCGCCUUGUCGGGGUGGGUAGAGAUGGGGCCGCGGGGCUCCCGAGUGGGGAAAAGGCCUGUCUUAGACGCUGGCUGUGAAAGCGGCCAGUUGGUUGUCCUCGGUCUUCAGAGGGGAAAGCGGGUUCUUCCCCUGGCACGCAGCGACAGCGCUAGAGCAGCUCGCUGGAGAGGGAGUCUUGGUUUCCCAAGGCCAGCCAUUACAACCGCCCAACCUCACGCCUCUCUGCUCAGUACUGGCCUCUCUGUCCCUCUGUCUGUGGUGAUGGGGGCAUGCCUAGGGGUGCCCCCUUCUUCCCCGUGUCCUCACGGCUGCGUUCGAGCCCUCUGCCUUCCUUUGUAUAGAAAAAACAAAAAAGUCUUAUUCCUUGCGGACGCCUUGCUGGCGUACUUACCGGCGCACCCCUUUGUAAAUGAGCCAAAGGAUUCCUGUCCAAGAAACGGGAGGCGUCACUUUCAGACGUCUAAAUGGAGAUGAAAUGAAACCCCCCUCCCCACUUGUGGUAGUCAGAAGCUAACCCACCGAGUUCGAUUCUCCUUUAAUAAACCUGUAAUUUAUUUUCA